AAAUUUUUGAAUGUUUUAAAUAAGGCUCAUAAUAGGAAAGCAAAAUCUUGGUCGAAUUUAGCCGUGCGUCCCUUUCACAGUUUAAAGAAGUGCAAAUAGUAGUACCUCAGUGAAGUGUGUUUGGACAUCUACAAUAUGCUUUGUAUACCAACAAUAUACCAAACAUACAUCAGAUAACCCUGGCAUAGCAUUGUUAGGAGUGAAACUAAACGUGUGCUUCUAGUCAAGUAUUGCAGAUACUUAGUACUAGACUAGUAGAUAGAGUAUGUGAAUGGACUAAAUGAUGAAAACGAUUAACGGUCAAGGAAGAAGUUAAAAGGUACAUAAAAAAGCACGCAGAACAGUUUUACCUACAUGAAAAUGCUAAAGUACUCGAACUACUGAUGUAAGUUGUAAGCUAACACCUAAGAUAACCUUUUUACCCACCGUAUAAAAUUCAUUUUGAAACUAUCACUUAUUAUUUGAAUAAUCUUGUGAUCUUAUCCCAUAUGGGAUACGAUUGGAAUUUGAGUACGGACUUUAUAUUGGCGUUCCUAGAAAAAUAUUCCAUUGAUAUUAAAAAAAAUUAAAAACUCAUUAAAAUCACUUUUUCGCCCACUUGUUGAGAAGUGUUUAAUUACCUAUUGAUGAACCGGUUAAAUACAUCGUUAAAGGAUAAUUUUUUUUUCUAACCAGCAUAAAUAAAUGCUGAUUCGCACAAAUUAACACAACACUUCACUAUAAACAUUCAAACAAGUUACUUUACUUAGGUAAUUUGGUGUGUUUAGGUACUAAAAAUGUUAAGUCAUAAAACCGAAAAUAAAUCCCAAUAUAAAUGGGAUAUCGUUUGGUUAAAUGUGAUUGGAAUCGCUUAUCUUCAUUUAGUGGCUAUUUAUGGGUUGUACGCAACGUUAUUUCAUGCUUCUUGGAAAACUAAUCUUCAUGCUUUUUACGUAGCAUUAAUCGGAAGUUUAGGAAUAACAGCCGGAUGCCACCGUUAUUGGUGCCAUAAAUCGUACAAAGCGAAACUUCCAUUACGACUUAUACUUCUAUAUUUUAACUCGUCGUUCUUUCAAAAUUGCAUUUAUGUUUGGGUGCGAGACCAUCGCGUUCAUCAUAAAUUUUCCGAAACCGAUGCGGAUCCUCACAACUCAGCCAGAGGAUUAUUUUUUAGCCACAUGGGUUGGCUGAUGGUUAAAAAACACCCGGACGUUCUUGAAAAAGGAAAAUCAGUACCCAUGGACGAUUUAAAAAACGACCCAAUAGUGAUGUUCCAAAAAAAAUAUUAUUUCGUUUUAAUGCCGAUGUUUUGUUUCAUUUUGCCGACGUUAAUCCCGUGGUAUUUUUGGAACGAAGAUUUGAAAACUGCGUUUUACGUCACCAUGUUUCGUUAUUGCUAUACAAUUAAUCUUACUUGGUGUUUAAAUAGUUUUUGUCAUACGAUUGGAUAUCGACCUUAUGAUAAAAAUAUGAAAGCCGUACAAAAUAACUUAUUGGGUCCUUUAACAAUUGGUGAAGGUUGGCAUAAUUAUCAUCACGUAUUUCCAUGGGAUUACAAAGCUUCAGAAUAUAUGGGAUACGGUUGGAAUUUGAGUACGGGCUUUAUCGAUUUAAUGGCGAAAAUUGGUUGGGCGUACGAUUUAAAGUCGGUUUCAAAGGAAAUGAUAGAAAAAAGAAUGUUACGAACCGGAGAUGGGUCUUUAGCUAUUAAUGGAAAGAAACAAAUUGGCGCCGAAACUAAAUGUUACGAGAGUUAUUUGUGGGGUUGGGACGACGUCGAUAUGAUUCCAGAGGAAAAGAAAGAUACCACCCGAUUAUUUCAGCAUAAUUAAAACAAGAUUUUUGUUGUAUUGCUUUUUUAUCAAUAAAUUUAUUUAAUUUGU